AUGCAAUUAAAAACAAAGCUAUUGUUGACUUAAUUGGUGUUAUAAAAUUUAAUUACUCUGAUUUAAGAAGGGAAUUAAGAAUCUAAAGAUGUCAUAUCUAUUACUCAAAAUUCAAUUGGAUUGUUAUUAAAUUUGAUCAUUUUUUGUUUAGAAUAUGCUAAACAAAAACAAGACUUCAUUAACAUUUUGAUUCAAAUCAAUAUUAUUGUUGAAUUAGAGACUGUCUUUUACAACCCAGAAAACAUAAUAAAUUACUUCUCUCUAAUCUACUUAUUGAUUAUAGAAAAUGUAUUGAAAAAACAGCAUAAAUGUUAUUAAUUUUUUACUCAUACAAUUUGCAUCUAUGUAUCUAUUAGACUUGGUGCUUAAUUCUAUGAGAAAUUUGCAACAUAAGAUUUUGUUCUAUUCGUUCUUUGGCAACCACUUAAUCAUCUAAUAUUUUAUAAAGACAAUUAAGCAAAUGAAAUUAGAAAACCAAGUCCUACUUCCUUAUCAUAAAGACAACCAAAUCAUAAUCCUCAUUUUAGCUAUGCAGAAUAAAUUCAAUAAAAUCUAAUAGAUGAGAAAUCACCAUAAGUAGAAAAAAACAUUAAUGUUGCACUUGAUGAAGAUCUACUCAAUUGUCUUCCAUAUGGAUUAGUUUUGAUAGAUUCAAAUCUUUAAGUAAUAAAGCAUAAUGAAAAAAUAAUGAGUUAUUUGAUGAUUAGUGAAUCUGAUUAAAUCAUGAAUCAUUUAGAUUAAUUACUAUCCAAGUAAAAUUAUUUAAAAUUAUCUUAGCGCUGAAUUGAAUUAAGUCAAAACCACUCCCCAUGCAAAACAUAAACCUCAUAUUGUUCCAUUAAGAAAAUUGAAAUAAAAUUCAGCUAGUCAUAAUUAAGGUAAUACUGGCAUUAAAUCUAAUAAAACUAAUUGGUUAUCUGAUAGAUUAAAAAUGAAUAUUUAGAAUAAAGGUUCAUUUUAAUCUAGCAUACAUGAUGCAGCAAAUUAUACUUAUGUUUAAUUUGUAAUGAAUGAAUUUUUAACUAAAAGUCAUAGAUAACUUAAUCCUUAAGAUAAUUAAUCUAUUGCCUCUGAUUAGACUCAUAUGUUUAAGUUUCAUGUAGUUAAAGAUUUCAUAGUAAAAAAGAAACAUUUUUAAAUAAAAGUAUAUGAGGUAAAAUUAUAAACAAAAACAAAAGACCCUGUUUUUUUAUUCAUAAUUGAAAAUAUUACAGAUAAGGAAGAAUUGAAAGAGUUAACUCAUCGAUAUAAAUUUCAAUAAGCUUUAUUAAAUUCUUUUAGUCAUGAAUUGAGAACACCAUUAAAUAGUUCCUUACCUUUGUUAUAAAUUUUAAGUAAAAAAAUUGAUGAAACUCUUAAUGACAACUAUUUAUAGUUAGCAAUAAUCUCUUGUCGUAGAUUACUUUUUUAAAUAAAUGACAUUUUAGAUUAUGCUUAAAUAGAAUGUGAAGAUUUUAAAUUAAAUUUAAACAAUUUUUAUGCAAGUGAAAUUUUUGAUGAUUUAAAAGGAUUAUUUUAAUAAGAAUGCUCUUAAAAAUAAAUUGAAUUAAUAUUAAAUUUUAAUGAUCAAAUAAUAAUACAUAGUGAUAAAUUAAGAAUAACUUAAAUUUUAGUAAAUUUAAUGAAUAAUUCAAUUAAAUUUACAAAAUAAGGAGGUAGGAUUAUAUUGUCAUUAAAAAAAAGAGAAUCUUAAUGCAUAUUCUCAGUUUGGGAUAAUGGUGAAGGAAUAUCUAGUGAAUAAAUGUUAGCUCUAUAAAAUUAAUUUGUUUAAUAAUCUAAAGGAUCAAUUAAAAUGGGAUUAGGUUUAAGAGUUUCAAAAGGUAUUGUAAAAUUUUUAGGUGGAGAUGGUGAAUUAUAAAUAAAAAGUGAAAAAGGAUUUUAUACAGUUGUUAGUUUUUCAAUAGAGGAGUCUGUAAGUACAAUAGUGAAAGAGGAAGAAUCAUCAAUUAGAGAUGUAGAAGAUUUAGGUUCAGAUUCUAAGAAUUCAGCAUAAAGAGUAUAUAUUUCAUCAAGAAAAUUUUUGAAUCAUUGUGAAUGCAUUUAAAUAUUGAUAGUGGAUGAUGUACCAUUUAAUCAUAUUACUUUAUUGGCAUUAUUGUAAACUUAUGGAUAUAAAGCAGAUAGUGCAUAUGAUGGAGAUUCUGCAAUUAGGAAAGUGAAAUAGAAAUAAUAAAAUAGUUGUUGUAAAGUGUACAAAAUAAUAUUUAUGGAUAUAGAAAUGCCAGGAAAGAAUGGAUUUACUACUAGUAGUGAAGUAUUAAAUCAUAAAUUAAUUAGAGAUCUCUAAAUUAAUGAAAAAUGAAAGAUAAAAAUCCAUAAUUGUUAUGUGUUCAGCUUAUAAUGGUUAAGAAAAUGCAGAAUUAGCUCAUUAGAGUGGAAUGGAUGAAAUUAUUUCGAAACCUAUUUCGUUGGAUUCUUUAUAAACACUUUUAGUGAAAUACUUUUGUUGA